AGUCCAGUUCUAUCAGUCCUACUGCGACAAUCUGCUGGAAAUGGCCUCUCUUGCACCGACAGUCACGCUGAAUGAUGGCAACAAAAUGCCAAUCUUGGGUCUUGGUACAUGGUUGUCUCUCGAGGGCGAGGGAAUCGCAGCUGUCAAAGCAGCCAUCGACGCCGGUUAUCGACACAUUGACACCGCCUACUUGUACCGCAACGAAAAAGAGGUCGGUCAGGCUAUCCGCGAAAAGAUUGCGGAAGGUGUAAUCAAACGAGAGGAUAUGUUCGUCACUACCAAGCUCUGGAAUGGUUAUCAUGAUCCGGAAAAGAUUGCGGAGGCGUUCAACCGUUCUCUCGCUAAUUUGGACAUCGGUUAUAUUGAUCUGUAUUUGAUGCAUUCUCCCAUGAGUUACAAGUUUGUCUCUUGGGAACCGGAGAAUCCGGAUGCUGCAUCUGUUCCAGAAUUCACGGAAGUAGACUAUGUAGACACCUGGCGUGCGAUGGAAAAGCUAUUGAGUGGGGGCAAGGUCCGAAGCAUUGGUGUUUCUAAUUUUAACAGUGAGCAAGUGGAACGGAUCGUUAAAGAGUGCAAAGUGAAACCGGUCACGAAUCAAGUGGAAUGCAACCCAGGUUUAAAUCAGCGAAAAUUAACAGAAUUUUGUAAAAAGUUAGACGUUACGAUAACUGCCUAUAGCCCUUUGGGACGUCCGUAUUACUACGAAAAAGAUCCCAAAAAUGUCCCAAAGCCAGCGUUGGACGAUGCACGGGUUGCUGAGAUUGCCAAAAAAUACUGUAAAACUCCUGGUCAAGUUAUUUUGAGAUACUUGGUAGAUUUGGGAACGAUUCCAGUUCCGAAGUCGGCCAAUCUGGAGCGUCUUCGUCAAAAUAUCAACAUUUUCGAUUUCAAAUUGACCGAAGCAGAGAUCAAAGUGAUGGAUGAGUUCAACAAUGAGAAACGCACCGUUCCGUUCACCCUCGCUGAAAGUCAUAAAUAUUAUCCGUUCAAAAUUGAAUACUAAAAUGAAUAAAUUUUCAACCUCAUGUCAUCAUUAUCAAAAAUAAAAUAUAUGUGGAAUUAACUUUAAA